AGCCAAAAAUGGAAACCAAAAUCCCCAGAUCGUUGAUCGCCGGAGUACAGAGCGUCAUGCCGGCGGAAGUGACGCAACACCGCAAAGUCCGUUCCAUAUCCGUCAGUGAUUCCGUCGGCGUAGGAAUAUUCAGGCGAACACUGAACAUAGUUACGUACUACAAGCAGGCAGGUGAUAACGGUGAGAGAGGGUGGCUAGCCGCCGGGUGGAUCAAGGAGUCGUUAGGGAGAGUUUUGACAGAGCAGCCCAUGAUUUCCGGUAGGCUGCGGCGGAGGAGGACGGCGACGCAGGAGGAGGAGGAUGGUCUGGAGGUGGUGGCAAACGACAGUGGCGUUAGGCUGCUGGAGGCUACGUUUCCGGCGAGUUUGCCGGAGUUUCUUGAAAUGGUGAAGAAAGACAAAAGCAGAGCAGAAGCAGAGACUGUCUUUUGGAGGGACAUUGAUGAAGAUGCUCCUCAAUUCUCUCCAUUGUUCUAUGUUCAGGUGACUAAUUUUGAGAAUGGUGGAUACACAAUUGGGAUAAGCUGCAGUAUCUUAAUAGCUGAUCUCCUCCUUGAGACGGACUUCUUGACCAAAUGGGCUCAAAUCCAAAGCUCUUUAUCUCAUUCCCAAACCACAAUCAAACCAAUCUUCUACCUCCCAUCGGUCAAAAAAGACCUUGCUGGUUCCCUCACCCAACUUUCUCGCUCAGCCUCGGUUCUCGACCGUGGCGAACCUCUUGUUUUUCGGGCCAAAACAUGCUCGGAAACGUCCAUGGAAAAAACUGUUGCAAAUCGCGAGAAAGCGCGUGCGGAUGUGUUCUUGUUCGUCAAGGAACAAGGCGGUGGCGAGGAGGAUAGUACUGAACGUGAUGGUACGAAGGUGGAGAUACAUUCGAGAGAUGAAGCGAUUAGCGAUUGCGGUUGCGGUGACGGUUUGGAGGAGACAGAUGUUGGAGCACUACUUAAUGUGAGUUUAGCGUUUGAGAACAAAAUUGUAGGCAAUUCAUGUUGGGUUGGGUCUAUCUCACAAGGAGUUGUGUUUGUGGUUCCAUCUACUUUGGGAGGUACCAAGUACUCGCUUGUCAAAAUUGUUGUUGCAUUGCCUAAAAAU